CCCUUAUUCAUACAGGGAGAAAGGUGAACUGACCCUAGUAAAAGAUCUAAGUACUGAAUCCUCUAUGAUCCCUCCUGAGCAGGAGAAAAGAAGUCUCUUCGAUUCUCCUUUCAAGCGAUUCACUCAGUUCACUGGUAUUCCGUCUAUGAACCGGUUCCCUCUGCAGCAGGUUCCAACAAACCGGUUCCAACGCCGGCUCCCGCCAUCCAGAAUCCCGUACCGGCCAGGCACUUCUCGUCGCGGUUCUAGUUCCCAGGAUAAACCUCUAGUGUCUCCGAGGUUCCUCCGACAGCCUCCGAGCAGGCUCUCCGAUAACAAGGUUGGUUUCUACCAGGCUGGGGAUAGGUUUGGACAGAAGACCCAGCUUGAGGAGGGAUUUAAGGACGAUGGCAAGGAGGACGGAGGACGGAUUAAGUCCAAUUGUUCUUCUCCAAUACUGGAGAAGAAGGUUCUAGAUGAACCCGACCUUCUCCAAGGCCAAAUGCAACGCCUGAAGCUGUAGUCUUGUAGUUUUUCAUAUAGAUCUGCUGGCAGAUUUUUAAAACCAAAAUGGCGGAUUUUAAAAAUCAAAAUGGCGGAUUUUAAAAAUCAAAAUGGCAGAUUUUGAAAAUCAAAAUAGCUGAUUUUGAAAACCAAAAUGGUGGAUUUUGUCAUUCUUCCUCUGUUUGACUGCACUAAAUCUCCCCAGCAUCCCUAAGGGUUUCAUCCCAAUAAACUGUUUAGGCCCAAACUCCAUAUUAAUGUGAAAAUUGAUCGCUUGAUCACGUGAAUUCUUUACACUCUAUCAUAUGGUAUUUGUGUUGUUUUUCCAAUACGCAGAUCCUGGACUAAUAAUUUUGUUGCUCGCAUGAUACUCAAUAUAGGUUGUUAUAUAGUGUGCAAUGCACGUGGGGUCACAAACCUGAGUCCGUUGAAAUCUAGUGCCAAAAAAUCUCAGCAAAUAAAUGCAGAAAAUAAUCUUUUUAUGCACUAUGCAGAACAAUCUUGCUCCGUAUAUUAUAUAUAUAUAUAUAUAUAUAUAAACCUAGAAAAGUGUCAAAACAUUUUAUAAAAAGAUCUUUUAGCUAUUUUAAUGUCAAUCGCAUGUUUUCUCCAUAUAUGCAUGUAAGCACUCUGCUCAAUCUGUUCUCAUGCAUGAAUUUAAAGCAAUAACAAGGCUGAAAGGAGUUUUUAAAAAGCUUGAUGUAUACUUUAAUUGGAUUGGUUUUAUCCCUGCCAAAAAACAACGAUUUUUAAUUUCUUAAUUCUUUUAUCUACGCUAAGUAAAUACAUUUUCGUAUUUUUCCCCACCCAGAUUAAAAAUGAGCAGAGCCGUGAAUAAACAUGUAAGCAAACCUUCUUCUUUACUAUGUAUAGUGUAAAAUAAUUUGUCUACUUGUCCUUGUUUUUAUGCCUGUCCCUGUCCACUGUAUCUAGAUUACAGCGGUACCAAAAGCCUGGUCGCUAGACUGGUUUGAAUUUUAUUUCUACCGCCCAUGGAACUAUAAUUGGACCGGUGGUUGAAAUACUUUCGCUAGCGGUUACUCUUUUACUGCAGUCGCUUAGAUUAUUACCGCCGUCGGUUGAACAAAGUUUUACCACACAGAUCGAUGACGGGACAGUAAAAAGUAUGUAAUCUUCUAGGCAACAUUUUUGAUUAGAUAAUUUUUAAACUAGAAAAUAAGACUGUGAUCAUUUUUUAAAUAAAUCUAUGUACAAGUA